CUUGACUCUUCCCGUAUCGGCACGCAGAGAAAAUAUUCGCUAUUCACAAAUUACUUUUCCUAGUUUGCUGACUCUUUCUGACCGUCCAUAUGCCUCAGUAGCUUAUUAAAUUUAAACUAAUGGGCCUGUUGUGACUCGACUGCUGCUGAAAAAAGGACUUGAUCUUGUUCAAAACAGGAGAUGGAUUUUCAGAGGCUGCUGUUACAAAUAGGGCAGUCUUUGGGGUCAGAGGAGGUGAAAGCCCUGGCGUUCCUUUGCACAGAUGUCUCUAAGCGCAGCCUGAACUCCUUGGAGCUCUUCAGUGAUCUGUGCUCCAUUCUGUCGGACCAGGACCUGCUCUCACCUGAAAAACCUGACCUCCUCCAAGAGCUGCUGCUGACUAUACAAAGACCGCGCCUAGUCAGACACCUCCAACAAACUCACCCAGGACCAAGGACAGAGCUCAUCCCAGCAUACAGAAAGCUGCUGUACAAUCUCUCUGAAGAUAUCACUGACGAAGACCUGAGAAGUAUCAAAUUCCUUUUAAACCCAAAACUCCCAAGAAAAAAGCUGGACGAAAAUGUUACAACUUUGGAGCUUUUCUUGGAGAUGGAGCACAUGGACCUCCUCAGUGAAUUUAAUCUGGAUUUACUUCAGGAGAUAUUUCAGUCUGUGUGUCCUGUGUUGAAUGAGAAAAUCAAUCGCUUUAAGGAGCAGGCUGUGCAUGUUCAAUCUGGUUUUGAAGGAAUGAAUUCAUCGACUUCAUUGCCAUUUCCUGCAGAUCAGAAUCAGUGUCCUCUGUAUGACCAGUUGCUGUAUGAAGGGAGCAACGGCAUGAGUUUUCAAUCCACACCUCAGGUUUCAGUUGAUCGCCCAAAUGCCUCUGUGGAUUUUCCAUAUGGAUCAGCUUCUUGUCAGGACUCCAGUGUUUCACCUGAGCAAGUCAGUGGGCCAAACAUGGUGCCAAAUUGUUCCUCAGUAAAAGAAGGUGCAAACAUUUCUAACAAAACAGACUCUGAGCUUAAUAUUUCCUCUGAAGCCAGAAAUUAUGAGGAAGUGGGCACAUACCCAAUGAAUGGAGUGAAAAGAGGCAUUUGUUUGAUAAUAAACAAUUAUGAUUUCAUCAAUAAGAAGAAACGUGAAGGGACACAGUUUGACAAAGAGUGCCUGAAUCAAGUCUUCUCUUGGCUGGGCUUCGAGGUGGAGGUCCAUAAUGACUGCACCGGUGAGAAGAUGCUGUCAGUGAUGCAGAAUCUGAGCAGGAGAGACCACAGAGACAUGGACUCUGUGGUGUGCUGUAUCCUGAGCCACGGUCAGGAGGGGGGCGUGUUUGGAGUAGAUGAUCAAACUGUCCCUAUCAAUGAGAUGACUGCGCUUUUCAAUGGCUCCAGCUGCCCCUCUCUUAUUGAUAAACCAAAGAUAUUUUUCAUCCAAGCUUGCCAGGGAAAGCAAGAACAGCAAGCAGUCAAAAUUGAGUCGGAUGGUCCAGUGUCUUGUAUUGAAAACGAUGCUGUUAAAGUUGAGGACUCGAUCCCGUCUGAUGCUGAUUUCUUACUGGGAAUGGCCACAGUUCCCUCGUAUGUUUCCUACAGAGACAGGAAUAGUGGCUCAUGGUUUAUCCAGACUUUGUGUGAAAACCUCAUCCAUAUGGUACCCAGGCAACUGGACCUUGUUUCCAUCCUGACCAAGGUGAAUGCAGAUGUCAGCAAAAAGACUGGUCCAAAAGAACCAAAAAAACAGAUGCCUCAGCCAGCCUUUUCACUGCGAAAGAAAGUGAUCUUCCCUGUGCCUUCAGCCCAUCCUCCCAGACUGUGGCAAUAACGACCACUGAAAAAAAAAAAAAUUGCACAUUUGAUUGUAUUGUAAGUCUUUUUAGCAUUCAGAAAAUAAACAUAUUUUCUUAAAUACAAAUAUGUAUUAAUUAUUUUACUUCAUAUUGCAAAUGUCAAUAAAAUAUCAGAUAGGUUUUUUUUAUGUUUCUGCUCACUUUUGUAUACUGCGCAUCUUUGGCGCAACUACAAGAAAAAGAGUAUGCAGAGUUUGACAGUGGCCUAUAAUGAUUCUUUGAGAAUAUUACUGAAAGUGCUGAGGUUCUGUAUCGCCAGUGAAAUGUUUGUAAAUUGUGGUGUAAAACCCUGUGCUGUCACAAUCAGUUGUUGUAUUUAUUAAUUUAUGUGUAGAGCCAUGAAUCUGAGCAAUCGAAUCAUUAGUGUGUCCUGUGAGGAGCUCUGUCAGAUUCACCUCUCAGCUGUGGAGACACUGGCGGUCUUGCCUGUAUACAUUAUAACAUGCACUGUAUUUAACUUUUUAAUUCUUACUAUUUUCUUUUUAAUACAAUGAACCAGAUAUUGUGUGUUCUUAAUAAAGAUUGAAUUGAAUUGUUA